AGCCCCCAUGUAGCGAGGCUCGGAGGCCGGCUCUCGCAACUCAAGAUGGCGGACGAGAGUGAGACAGCAGUGAAGUCGCCGGCACCUCCGCUGCCGCAGAUGAUGGAAGGGAAUGGAAACGGCCAUGAGCACUGCAGCGACUGCGAGAACGAGGCGGACAACAGCUACAACCGGGGUGGUUUGAGUCCAGCCAAUGACACUGGAGCCAAAAAGAAGAAAAAGAAACAAAAGAAGAAGAAAGAGAAAGGCAGUGAGAUGGACUCGGCCCAGGAUCAUCAGCCUGUGAAGAUGAACUCCUUGCCAGCAGAGAGGAUCCAGGAGAUACAGAAGGCCAUCGAGCUGUUCUCCGUGGGCCAAGGGCCUGCCAAAACCAUGGAGGAGGCGAGCAAGCGAAGCUACCAGUUCUGGGACACGCAGCCUGUUCCCAAACUGGGAGAAGUGGUGAACACCCACGGCCCCGUGGAGCCUGACAAAGACAACAUCCGCCAGGAGCCCUACACCCUGCCCCAGGGCUUCACCUGGGACGCUUUGGACCUGGGGGACCGUGGCGUGCUGAAAGAACUAUACACCCUCCUGAAUGAGAAUUACGUGGAAGAUGAUGACAACAUGUUCCGAUUUGAUUACUCCCCAGAGUUUCUGCUGUGGGCUCUCCGGCCGCCUGGCUGGCUCCCCCAGUGGCACUGUGGGGUUCGAGUGGUCUCCAGUCGGAAACUGGUUGGGUUCAUCAGCGCCAUCCCAGCAAACAUCCACAUCUAUGACACAGAGAAAAAGAUGGUGGAGAUCAACUUCCUCUGUGUGCACAAGAAACUGCGCUCCAAGAGAGUGGCUCCAGUCCUGAUCCGAGAGAUAACCCGGCGGGUUCAUCUGGAGGGCAUUUUCCAAGCUGUUUACACUGCCGGGGUGGUAUUACCAAAGCCUGUUGGCACCUGCAGGUACUGGCAUCGGUCACUAAACCCACGGAAGCUGAUUGAAGUGAAGUUUUCCCACCUGAGCAGAAAUAUGACUAUGCAGCGUACCAUGAAGCUCUACCGACUGCCAGAGACUCCCAAGACAGCUGGACUGCGACCAAUGGAAAAAAAGGACAUUCCAGUAGUGCACCAGCUCCUCACCAGGUACCUGAAGCAGUUCCACCUCACGCCGGUCAUGAGCCAGGAGGAGGUGGAGCACUGGUUCUACCCCCAGGAGAACAUCAUCGACACGUUUGUGGUGGAGAAUGCCGGCGGAGAGGUGACAGAUUUCCUGAGCUUUUAUACGCUUCCCUCCACCAUUAUGAACCAUCCAACUCACAAGAGUCUAAAAGCUGCUUAUUCUUUCUACAAUGUUCACACCCAGACCCCUCUGUUAGACCUCAUGAGCGACGCCCUCGUGCUUGCCAAAACGAAAGGGUUUGACGUGUUCAAUGCACUGGAUCUCAUGGAGAACAAAACCUUCCUGGAGAAGCUCAAGUUUGGCAUAGGGGAUGGCAACCUGCAGUAUUAUCUCUACAAUUGGAAGUGCCCCAGCAUGGGGGCAGAGAAGGUUGGGCUGGUGUUACAGUAACCAGUUGCCAGUGAGAAUCUGGAUAAAGCCACUGAGAAUUCAAACCAGGAAACGGAACCCCACCACUUGUUGGUCCAGUUUUCACAAACGUGAGAAUCCUUGGCAAAGGGAGCAGAAUUGAACCGGCUUUAGCAAACCGCCAAUGAACUUGACGAUUGUAUUGCGAUCGUGUAGGCUGCGUGAUGUCACCUCUGGCCGUGUCUCUGGUCUCCCUGUUUUCCAAUUAAUUACAUCCUUUUGCAGCCAUGAUCAAGGGAAUGUAACUGCUGAAAACUAGCUCGUGAUUGGCAUACUAUGGAGUUAACGGGUGAAUAAUAAAAGUAUAUAUAUUAUAUAUAUAUAUAUAUAUAUAAAUAUUUUAAAUAUCUUUCAUGUUCCAAAUGUGCAAGGAUGUCUGGUCUCUGAUGAAAAACUGAAUCCAGAUCAUUCCUCAGAAUUCGAAUCCAAGGUCAGUGCAGACAAACACAUUGGUACAGUGGAUUGUUUGCUUCUGAAGCAGGCUUGACUCUUCUUGGGGGAGCAGGGAAAGAAGAAUCCCCUGCAGUGGGGAGUCUUCUCCAGUGCUCUUCUGACUGGGCUGGAGUAUUGGCUUCAGGAGGCAGGGGGAGGAGAGGGCUGCCAGAGGGGCCGGGCCCCUUCCGCAUCCUGGAACCGGGCAGCAGCGACAGUGCUUGGAAGCAGAUUGUGUUCAUCGCGCGCCCCCCACUCCUGCCUGCCCCCUCUAGCAAGUCACCCUGCCAACGGCUUACAGGCUCUUCAGCCAGCUGUUGCCAACCGUAUGGGGGCACAUUCCCUGUGCAAUGUGUUUCUCCGCUGCCUGGGACGACUGGCAGUGUGAGGGGACCCUGGACCUCCUUGUGGCAUCUGGGACCUUGGAGACCCCAGCAGUGCAAGCCCUGCUUGGCUCACCUUAGAGCAAAAAGCCAGCACCCUGACACCCCCAGGGUGGCCGGGCAAGUACGGCGUGGGGCCCAGACCCCGCAGCCCCUGGCCUGUGCCUUCCAACCCGUCAGCUGUUGUGCUCCUAGGAGUUCAGGGCACAGCCCACGGGCACUGGUGGUCAGAGCCGCUCUCGACUCGGCAGCAGAAGUGAUUUCUUGUCACCAUUGUCUGAAUCUGAUUUUCGCUGAUGUUUUGUGGACUUGGUGGUGGUGGUUUGGUUACUGACGGUGCCGCUGGGGCGUGGCCGCCCCUGGAGGCCUUCCUCUGCGCGCACAGCCCGGUGGCCUGGGCGGGAGUGCACUGUGGAAUUGUUAGCCUCCACGCCCCACAGGCCGGUGUGUGGCUUUUGCUCUGGGAGGAAGUAAGUGGGUGGCUAGCCGGUGUGCAGGUGGGGGUCCCUGGCUGCUUUCACUCCUCGGCUCCUUGCCCCCCGCACUCAGCCCAGUGGUGCCACUAACUGAAGCCCUGCUCUGCAGGCCAGCAGGGCUGCAUUCAGGCGGUGGGUCUGGGUGAGCCUUGCCAGAGGCUAAUUUUCUGAGUCCCCAAAGCUGGAGGAGGUGCUUGGGAUGGGGCCACACCUUUGGCGGCUUGUGCCACCCUCUGCAGACAGCUCCUGGCGCCAGCAGCGCCACUGCACUGGAUUGUCAUCAGGCUUCUGGGCACCUCCCUUGGGCGUUGUUCUGUGCGCACACUGCAGGCCCAGGACCGCGGCUGAUUCUUGACUCCUUGACUCCAAGAUACCCAGACCAAAGAAGCUGCUGUUCUCAGCAAGAUGCGCACUGCAUUCUGCAGCCAGAGGCGUCGGGAAAAGGGGCCUUAACAGCCUCAGCCAUCGGACCCAGCCCCCCAGUCUCUGGGCCGCUUUACGGAUGUUGGAGAACAAAGCAUCCGCUUCCUGCCUGCCUGCCUGGGGCCUGGAGUGUGGAAAGGCUCCCUGCCGUAGGCUUGCUUGGCUCUGGGCCAGGACCCUGAGCUGCCUCUGAGUUUCGGGGUGCACCACAGCCCCGGUAGUGUGCUUUGCUUGGGUUGCCCAGGUUGUGGAAUGGAAACCGUGAGGUCUCAGUGACUGCUCUAGAAGAAAAAGAUUUCCUGGAGACAUCCCAGUAGCUCCCUCCAAAACCACAUGGUGCACUGCUUAGACUGCUGGUGUCUCCUGGCAGGAGCCUGCCCCGGUCUGCAGGAUUCAGCUCGGUGGCUGCCGUCGGUCUCCUUCCUGUCCUCUGGGUUUUUCCAUGGUUUCCGGUCAGAGCGAACCACGGCUUGGGGUUGGGGGCCUCCCCACAAGCCUUGCAGAAUGCAGGUGCCAGGGUGGCUGGAACCACACAAGGGAAGAUCCGGGGCCUCCAAGCUCGCCACUGACCUGCCUCAGGCAGCAGCUGUCCCAGUCUGUGCCGCCAGAGUUCCUCUCGGACCCUGGGCUCUGGACUCCAUGUGUCCAGCAGACUCUGCCUUUGGGUUGACUCUGUAUCCCUGACUCCACGGCAUGUCCCUAUUGCCUCUGGUCCCUGUAGGGAGAGCUGGCCAGAAAGGAGGGCUCAGCUCUACACUGAGGUCCGCACAGGGGCUCGGGCCUGCUUCCGAAGAGGCGGACGUCGGCUUGAAGGCCGGCCCACACCAAGCUUGAACACCUCGGUAGAAUGAAAAACAAGGCCUUGUCUACAGCGCCCUCCUCACUUGCUGGCCAGUGAGGCCCAGAGGUGGGUGUCCCUGUGGUCUUGAAUUCUUUGCCCAAAGAUGACCAGCACUUAACCAACCUAAGGGAGGCUCAGAGCUGCAGUCUGGGAAGGGGGAGGGAAGGCAGGCCUGCAGACCCCUCCCGGGGAGGCUGUGAUAGGCAGGUGUAUGCCAAGUGAGUGCCGGUGCUGUGCAGCAUCUGGGAAUAGGGAAGGGGGAAGUUUCUUCACCUUCUUGUCUGGGCUUUUCUCUGAACUGUGGGAGGGGCGUCCACUUCCAGGGUGGGGGAGGAAAUACGAACUGCGAUGUUGUUCCCCUGGAGACUGCUCACUCGUUUCUAAUAAAGCAGCUGAACAAAA